AUUAACUAUAAAUAGGAACUCAAUAUGACUGAAGCAAAGAGCUUGAGAAGCCCAAUGGUUAAGAGGAGGAUAGCGUUCUCUUCAAACAGAAGAUUGGAUACUAUUUCGGCAUUUAUUUCACCAUCAAGCAUGAACUCGACAUAUUAUGGAAGUAGUAAUGCGAUUUUACAUGAUGAAGGCACACUAUAUUCUUCUAAUAGCAAAGAGUCUCUUUCAAAGAUUGAGAAGACUCUUAGAGGUCAGAAGAACAACUUACCGUUCAGUGAUGGCAUGUUCACCAGCUUCAACGGUGAGAAGACCGGUAGUGGACUAUGGAAAGAGCUCCUCAACUUCACACAGGGCAGGAGUAAAACAUACGCCAUCCCGAACUACAUAAUUUCCAAAUAAGUGCAAGGAUGAGAUUAGAGUGCUUAUAAAAUCCUUUCAGGUUUCGACUGAUUUGAUAUUACAGGACUAUGAGGUGUUUCGAAGGUAUAUCUAUGAAAAAUAAGAUCAAUCCAAUGGCCAACAGAUCUUCAGGUAAAAUCGAAGAGGAUGAGACAUACCAGAUGUUCAUUAAACUUGCCAACAGUGUUGACUUCUACUGCCAGAUGAAGGAUGAAUUCCACUGAAAGUUAGACAUGAAAUCUCCGACCAAACAGUGGCAGAAUACUAUAAUUCCAGGAGAAAUGCUACAUAAAAUUAAGGAGAAAUGUAAGAGCAAGAAGAAGGCCAUCUCCAACCUCGACAAAAACAAAACACUGACUGAGAAAGCCCAAGAUAAAACUGUGAGGAGUUACGUGUCUUGCAUAAAGGAAAAAACCAAGAAGAGAGGCCUUAGCGCUUUUGAUAUCAGGAUUCAUACAGACCAAAAGGAGAAAGCAAUGUCUAAUAAAUCAAAAUUACAGAAGAAACCAAAGUUCAGAAUGUCUACAGUGGUCAAAGAUUUCAUGCAGUCUGAAACGUAUAAAUUACUGAUAGAGAAAAGAAAGAAUAUCAAUGAAGGUAACAAAAGUAAGGAAGAUAUCAACGGGGAUGAAAAUAAGGAAGAAGAAAAUGAUGCUUCUAAAGAGACUGAAAACUCUCAUGAUAAAACUCCUGACCCUGGAAUAUCCCAUGAGAAGCGCAGAGGCAUUUUGUUUAGGUCCAGUACUCUACAACAAAAGCAAGAACAUCCUGCAAACGUGACACCUCCUCCGAGAGCUUAUCAAAUGCUAGGGCUUGAUGUCUUCCGCAAAAACUAUAUGGAUCCAAUGAGUUUAAAUCUGGAGUCAAAAUCUUCUUCAGCUUCAGUCAGCUCAACAGACAGCCCAAAGACUAAAAGGUCAAGGAACAAAGAGGAACGCAAGAAAAGAGUGUUCUCCAACACCAAAGUUGAGAAGCAGCAGAUCAACUUUUUCGUUCAUAAGGCUCCAAGGCUAACAUUGCUUGAGAAGAAGAAAAUUAUGCAGAAGAGGAAAACUAAUAACUUAGCUCCACUAAACGCUAGAUUUACGCUCAAGUUCAACGCUCAGAAGAAAUUUCCUAGCAGAAGGGAUACUUUCACAGAAAAACCGCCUAUAUCACAAGAUAUUGUUAGAAAGCUGAACAAGACUAGGAUCUCAAAACUUAGAACAUCAAGGAUGGUGAUUGCUCAAAAUGAAACAAAUAAAAUGAAAGGGAGGAACACAUUUAUAUCUCCAGUUAGGCAGUCGAAGCUGCCAACCAAUAUCAGUAUCCCAUUAGAAACAAUUGUGGAGAAUAAGACUCCAAAGAACAUUGGCAUGAAGAGCAUAAUCUCUCCUAUAAGGAUACCGAAUAAGUCUAAACAGAAGGGACAGCCUAGUCCUGUUCUUGGGAAAUUAAGGUUUGUUCCCAAAAGGCCUAGGAGACAUCUUUCAAAUAACCCUACUUUACGUAAUCUUUUCUAAGAACUAUCUUACUAAAAA